AUGUCUGCCGAAGCUGCGAACGCGUUCAUCCGAGAAGUCUGGGGCCUGCAAGGUGCCGCAUACCUGGUAGUCGGACUUCGCUACUACAGUCGCCUAUCUACUUUGGGAUGGAGAAAGUUUGCGUGGGAUGAUCUGGUGAUGGGAAUUGCAGUUCUUGUCUACACUGCCGAGUCCGUAGCCGCCUACUUCGUCGUCGCAUACUGGAAAGGAGUUGCCAAUAAUGGCAUGACAGACGAACAACGAGCCGCGUUAGACCCGGCAUCAGAAGAGUUCUCCCUCCGAGUGAACGGCUCCAAGACACACGUUAUCGGGCUGUUGUUAUACACAACGCUGCUAUGGCUGUUGAAGGGAUGUUGGGUUAUUUACUAUUCUCGCCUGACCGAAGGUGUGCAUAAGAUGAAGCGCAUCAUCUUCUGGGCGUACAUUAUCAUGCCAGUCACAUACGUUGCUUGCUUGAUUGUUGCUUUCUUCAAGUGCAUUCCCUUCCAUCACCAAUGGCAAAUCAACCCCAAUCCAGGCAACUCUUGUUUACCUGCCAUCUCCUUCAUUCAAACCAUCUUUGUCAUGGCUAUGAACACAGCUACAGACUUCUAUCUUAUGGCCAUCCCAAUCCCGAUGGUCUGGAAGUCUCACUUGCCGUGGAGGAAGAAGGUAACCCUGUUGAUCAUGUUCAGCGGUGGCUUCCUUGAGAUGGCUUUUGGCAUCCUCCGCUGCGUCUCUAUUUUGACGGCCGGAGAAGCAGAUAGUGCUCAAUCUGGGUACUGGUCGGUCCGAGAGUCUUUCGUCUCCGUUGUCCUGACCAAUAUGCCGAUGGUCUAUCCCCUGUUCAAGAGCGUCAUCGAUAAGAGCCGUACGGGAAGCACGAACAAGAGCAAUGCACUGGGCGACAGCCAGGGCUACCGCUUGGGAAGCUACCCGGGAAAGAGAGGACCUUCGAGUCAUCCUCUCUCGAUUCCCGGCGAGACAACUUGGGGAUCCAAGGAGCACAUUGUCGCGAGCUCGACCGAGAAAGGGGCUGGUUCAGGUGGCGAAGAGGCCUCGAUAGACUCUGGCAAGCAGCCCACGAGCCCGUACAUUCCCAACAGCAACGCCGAAGUUGUGACAGACCACAACAGUUCGGUACGAGCGAGGAAGUACGAGGGACACAAUAUCACGGUGACCAAAGACCAUGCCCUGAGAUCUAGCGACAUUGUCAAAUUUCGCCUUGGGCCGGUGCAGAUGUACCUCAUCAAAGGAGGGCAGCAAGUCCAAACCAUGUUUCGCAAGUCAACGAGUUUGAGUUCUGACAAAUUUGUCCUCAUGGUAUUGAGAGACCUCCAGGGCUUGCCGGAACAGGACCUUGCCAAAUUUGCCAGCGACAAGACGGGACGAUUGAAGAUACCAGCACCUGGCUACGAGAGCGUGCCUCAAGAGCAACGCUUCUGGUACCAUCUUCACCACCUCACCACAACAAAUUUAAGUACCACCGAAAACACAGUACAGCUAGCAAAAAAGUAUACCGAGUUCUUCAGCGCUGCACUGGAGAAGCAUCCCUUGGGCGAAUGGUCACACAUUCAGAUAUUCCAGUAUCUGAGGAAGGAUAUGGGCGAGAGCGCGAUCAAGGUCGUCGUGGGAACUCGACUUCUAGAGGUCUGCCCAGACUACAUAGAUCAGUUUUGGCGCUUCGACAACGUUUCAUAUCAAGUAUUGCAUGGUCUGCCGAAAUGGAUCAAUCCAAAGCCAUCCCAGGAGAGAGAUAAACUCAUUCGUAUGACCGAAGAGUUUUUGAACCAAGAAUUCGACAAGUUCGACUGGAAUGGACUGAAUCCAAACACCAAAUGGGAGCCCAUUUUCGGAUGUGGCUACUCACGCGAACUCCAGAAAUGGACCUAUGACCAGCAGAUGACAUUACGCGCUCGUGCUGGAUUUCUCGCAAUGGCAACUUUUGGGCAAGUUGUUGACUCCUUGUCCGACUAUGAGGUUUCGUACUGA